AAUUAUUUAGAUAUGUCUUCAUUACCAAAAAAACAAAACUAUAUAUGAAUGAGUUCAUCCAAGCACUAAGAUAGUAUAAUUCAGCACAAUCAUGGGUGUUGUCCGAGUCCUCUCUACCCACACAAUCAAAGCAUCAAAAUCAAGUAAUAAAAAUAUAGAUUUGACUCCAUGGGAUCUUCAGCAUCUAUGUGCUACACCCAACAAAAAAGGCCUUCUAUAUCACCAUCCAAUAUCAUCAAACCAAAUCCAACAGCUGAGACACUCUUUAUCCUCUUCUUUGGAAUUUUUCCAACCUCUUGCAGGCCGUCUCAAAAUAACGGAACACGAGGAUGAUCACACAUUUUCGUGUUCUAUUAUAUGCAACAACGAAGGUGUACUCUUCAUUCAUGCUGAAGUUGAGAAUACUUGUGUUGCUGACAUUCUAGAACCCAGGUACGUUCCUUCAAUUGUUGGUUCAUUUUUCCCUUUCAUCGGAGUUAGAAACUAUGAAGGCACGUCACAACCAUUGUUGGCGGUUCAAGUCACUGAGCUAGUCGAUGGCAUGUUCGUUGCUUGCACAAUUAAUCAUGUGGUUGCUGACGGAAAUUCCUUGUGGCAUUUCAUUAAUUCAUGGGCUGAAAUUUCUCGUAGUUCUUGUCAUCAUCAGAUAUCCAAACUCCCAACAUUGGAACGUUGGUUUCCAGAUGGUACUCAACUUCCCAUACGUUUUCCUUUUACGAUGGAGUCACAAAAUAAUCACUCUGAUGGGGCGAGUUCUUCAACAUCUGAUGAAGAACUCCAUAUAUCAGAGAGGUUAUUCCAUUUCACAAAGGAAAAAAUUUUACAACUAAAAUCAAAAGUCAAUACAAAAAUUGAUAGUACCUUCCAAAUAUCUUCUCUACAAGUGCUUUUUAGUCACGUUUGGUGCUCCAUUAUUCGUUCCAAACAAAUUGAUCCACAAGAACAAGUCCAUAGUAUAUUAAUGAUAGGGGUUAGACUGAGAUUUGUUCCACAAUUGUCAGAAGGUUAUUUUGGAAAUGCAUUUAAAGGUGGCAUGGUUACAAUGAAAGCUGAGGAGUUGUUGAAGGAAGAUGGCGUUCGUAACACCGCCCUGGAGAUAAACAAGUUAAUUGCAUCACACUCUAAUGAGAAGAUAAAGAAUCACUAUGAGUUUUGGUUGAAAAAUCCAAAUGUUUUUAUACCUAAGAGCAUGCCGAAUAAUUUAUUAAUCAUGAGCAGUUCUCCACGAUUUGAUGUUUAUGGUAAUGAUUUUGGAUGGGGAAAGCCGGUUGGAGUUCGUAGUUCAAAUGAUAUAAAUGGAAUUAUUAGUGUGUUUGGUGGAAUAGAAGAAGGUAGUAUUGAACUACAAAUUCGUCUCCCUUAUAAUAUUUUGGAGGCAUUGGGAAAUGACAUUGAGUUCACGGAUGUUGUGUCCAACUAAUGCAACUUCAAGAUUUAUAAUUCAUGAAUAAUUUAUGAUAUUUAAUUCUUAGUUUUUUCUUUCAUAAAAAAUAUGUUUCUUGUUGAUAUUGUGCAUGUGGUUACUUGUGUUGUGCACUAAGUUGUACUAGUAUUAUUCUAAUGUAUGGUAAUUAUUGGUAAGUACUCAAUUCUAUU